UUUUUGAGAGUGGACCAAGACAAAGACAGAGAAUGCAGCCUGGACUGUGCAGGUUCCCCUCAGAAAUCGCUCUGUGCAUCUGAUGGAAGAACUUUUCUAUCCCGGUGUGAAUUUCAGAGAGCAAAAUGCAAAGACCCUCAGCUGGAAAUAGCCUACCGAGGCAACUGCAAAGAUGUUUCCAGAUGUGUGGCUGAGAGGAAGUACACCCAGGAACAAGCUCGCAAGGAAUUUCAACAAGUGUUUAUCCCAGAAUGCAAUGAUGAUGGCACAUAUAGUCAGGUUCAGUGUCACAGUUACACUGGGUACUGCUGGUGUGUCACUCCCAAUGGUCGUCCCAUCAGUGGUACUGCUGUGGCCCACAAAACUCCCCGGUGCCCAGGUUCAGUGAGUGAGAAGCUGCCACAACGAGAAGGUGCAGGAAAAACAGAUGAUGCCUCAGCUCCUGCGCUGGAGACUCAGCCUCAAGGUGAUGAAGAAGAUAUAGCUUCUCGUUAUCCUACAUUAUGGACUGAGCAAGUAAAGAGUAGACAAAAUAAAACCAAUAAAAGCUCAGCAUCAUCGUGUGAUCAAGAACUUCAGUCAGCCCUGGAGGAAGCUAAACAGCCACAGAAAGACAACGUGUUCAUUCCAGAGUGUGCUCAGGGUGGCCUCUACAAACCAGUGCAGUGUCAUCCUUCCACAGGCUACUGCUGGUGUGUUCUGGUGGACACAGGACGCCCCAUCCCUGGUACAUCAACCAGGUACGAACAACCUAAGUGUGAUAAUGGGGCCAGAGCUCACCCAACCAAAACAAAGGAUUUGUACAAAGGACGCCAGCUUCAAG